AUGGCUCUAAGUGGCAACUGCAGGACUUACCUUCCUCCUCGAGAGCAGGGGACUGGGCUGCACUCCUUCCCGGAGGUAGUGGAGCUAAACGUGGGCGGCCAGGUUUACUUCACUCGCCAUUCCACCUUGGUUGGCACCCCUCACUCCCUGCUGUGGAAAAUGUUCACCCCAAAGAGAGACACAGCCAACGAUCUGGCCAAGGACUCCAAGGGAAGAUUCUUCAUCGACAGAGAUGGUUUCCUUUUCCGCUAUAUUCUGGACUAUCUCAGGGACAAGCAAGUGGUUCUGCCCGACCAUUUCCCAGAGAAGGGAAGGCUCAAGAGGGAAGCUGAGUACUUCCAGCUCCCAGACUUGGUCAAAAUCCUGACUCCCGAUGACAACAAGCAAAGCCCCGACGAUUAUUGCCACAGUGACUAUGAAGAGGUCUCCCAAGGCAGUGACACAAGAAUAUGCCCACCCUCAUCGCUCUUACCGCCUGAUCGGAAGUGGGGAUUCAUUACCAUCGGGUACCGGGGGUCAUGCACUGUUGGCAGGGAGAGCCAAGCAGAUGCCAAAUUCAGGAGGGUCCCAAGGAUUUUGGUUUGUGGAAGGAUUGCUCUGGUCAAAGAGGUCUUUGGAGAAAGUUUGAAUGAAAGCAGAGACCCAGACAGGGCUCCAGAAAGGUACACCUCCAGGUUUUAUCUCAAGUUCAAGCACCUGGAGCGGGCUUUUGACAUGUUGUCCGAGUGUGGAUUCCACAUGGUGGCCUGUAACUCCUCGGUGACGGCUUCGUUUGUCAACCAGUAUACAGACGACAAGGUCUGGUCCAGCUACACUGAAUAUGUCUUCUACCGUGAGCCCUCCCGGUGGUCCUCGUCCCACUGCGACUGCUGCUGCAAGAACGGCAAAGGCGACAAGGAGGGAGAGAGCGGCACGUCGUGCAACGAGCUGUCGACAUCAAGCUGCGACAGCCAGUCGGAGGCCAGCUCCCCCCAGGAGACCGUCAUCUGCGGCCCCGUCACCCGCCAGCCCAACAUACAGACUCUGGACCGGCCGGCCAGGGGGCCGGUGCAGCUGCUGCAGCAGUCCGAGAUCCGCAGGAAGAGCGACCUGCUCCGGACUCUCACCUCCAGCUCCCGGGAGUCCAACUCCAGCAAGAAAAAAGCGGUGAAGGAGAAGCUCUCUAUUGAGGAGGAGCUAGAAAAAUGUAUCCAGGAUUUCCUCAAAAUCAAAAUCCCAGACAGGUUUCCAGAAAGGAAACACCCCUGGCAAUCCGAACUGCUGCGGAAGUACCACCUAUAG